AUUAUAUAUUGUUACUUAUUAAUUUCAGUAUAAAUCGUGCGUUAAGAAAAAUAAAUAUUUAUUGUGCGUAUUUGAUUUGCCAAACGUAACCGUCAACUGUUUGUGCGGUACAUGGAAGUCACUUCAUACUCUAAUAAAUAAACAAAUAUGUUGUUAAACACGAGAAAUUUUAAACGUUGAAGGUAGGACAGUAGGAAAGGUAUCAGUUGGAGAGGGAAGAGAACGAGCGAUACUGUUCUUAAUUUGAUGAUAUAGUUGUAUUGUCGGUACGCAUUUGGAAAGGUUCACACAAAUUUUAAAAUGGAUCAGCCAUCUCAGCCACCUGCAAGAGAUAUUCCGUAUUCUUAUUCGAGACCAGACCUCGUUGCUGUGAUUCACACUCGCUUAGAAUUAUCCGUGAAUUUUGACGAUCGAGUUCUUGAGGGCAAGGCAAUAUUGGAAAUAGAGAAGAAAGAGUCGACGUGUAACGAACUAGUUUUAGAUACCUACGGACUUGAGAUAGGUGACGUGACAGACUAUCAUACUGGAGUAAGCUUAACAAAAGCUAUUGAUAAUCAUGAUGAUAAAUUUGGCAGUAAAUUGAUCAUUGAGCUACCAAACGUGGAUAGUAGCAGACCGUGGAUAGUAGCAGACCCUAAAAACCCUGAAGAAAUUUAUGAAAUUCAGAUUAAAUAUAAGACAAGUCCAGAAUCUCCUGCAUUAUAUUGGAUAGAACCUCAUCAAACUUCCGAUGGUAUCCCCCUCUUGAUAUCUAACAGCAAGCUUACAUAUGCCAGAGCUAUAUUUCCCUGUCAAGAUACACCAUCAAAUAGAACCUCAUUCCAUUCGAAGAUUUAUAUACCAAGUGGUCUUAACGUUAUGAUGCCUGGGGCUAGAAGUAUGGAUAAAGUGGGUGACCAAGAUGUAUACACAUUUCUUCAAUUCUUGCGAAAUAUAGCACCGCAUGAGAUAUAUAUUAUAGUAGGUUCACUAAUUGUACAAGAGGUGGCCAGUAUUGGGAAUCUAAGAUGCAACUUGUGGACUGAAAAUAUAUAUUUGAAUGAGGGUACAUGGGCUAUUCAUAAAAGUAAAAUUAUGACCAUGCUGUCUAACAUCAAAGAGUCGUAUCAUUUCUAUAAUAAGGAUGAAGAAGAAGUAGAUGAAGUUAAUGUAUGUGUGCUUCCACCAAAUGUGCCGGAAUUCGAUAUGCAAUAUCCUGAUGUGACAUUCGUGUCGUCAACUUUACUUGAAGGACAUUAUUCUUUGAUCGAUACAAUUGUUCAAAACAUCAUUGAGAGCUGGAUAGGAAGAUCAGUUGUGAUUGAAAAUUUCACACACUUGUGGUUGAUUAAAGGCCUUAGUACAUUCAUUUAUAGAAAUCCUAUAAAUAAUAUAAUAGACGACGGAGGUAUUCGCGAAUUUCUAAAAAUAAAAGGCAUUAACAAUGUGCUGAAUAUGCCAGAGUUACACACCGACUCUUUAGUACCUACAGAUUUGACGAAAUUGCCCAUGAAUAUUAUUAAAUACGUGUCGGAAAAAGGGUGUGCGUUUUUGAAUUACUUACAAAAUAUGUUAGGUGGGUCCCAAGUUUUCACAGGUUUUCUUGUAGGAGGUGUAUUGCCACUUCAUCGUAGUAUAGACAAUCCAUUCCUAACGACUGAUCGUUUUAAGAUUCUUCUGAAUGCAUUUUUUUCUGUUAAUGGAAAAGACCAGAUAUUAAAUAAUAUAGAUUGGGAUAAAUGGUUUAAUGAACCAGAUUUCCCACCUUCUUAUCACAAUCCCAUGAUUAUAAGGAGUCGUUGGCAGAGGUGGGUCGAACAAGAAACAGCGUGUUUUGAUACGAUUAAAAACUUUGACCAGUUUAAUGAUUUCGCUAUAAUAGAAUUUUUAACCUAUUUACUUGCAUUGCCUAAUACGGUUCUGACGGUAGACAAGUUACAAAAGAUAGAAGAUACGUUUCUGCGUAACCAGGAGAUUUGUGAAAUAAGGUUUCUCUGGCUGCGCUUGUGUAUCAAAAAUAGAUGGUUAGAUGAUAACAGACGAAUAUUCGAGGAUGCUAUAAACUUUGUCAGCGAAUAUUGUAUGCCGAAAUAUGCCUGCCCUAUAAUCCGCGAUUUAUACAAUUUGGAAGAAACUCGUGAGUUGGCCAAAAUAUGGUUUGUGAAUCAGCUUGAUAAUUCUAAAAUGCUUCCCGAAACCAUAAACGAAUUAUCAAACAUUCUUGGGGUUACAUUGGAUGAUAGAGAAUGAUUAUACAACAAAUGUCCUAUAUAUAUAUAUUAACUGACGGAAGAUGAUAUGUCGGAAAAAAAGUUAAAAUAAGUUUGUCCUGAUUGAUACAAAAUGUUGACAUUCAGGUCUACAGCAGAUUUGCCCGAUAUUGCUUUCUGUUAACUUCACUCCCCUCGUUUCGUGGCAUACAUGUUGUUCACGGAGCCAUAAAAGGUUCGAGCUAACCUAAGAAAAGCUAUUAACUUAUAAAUUGUAUGCCUGUGUGAAACUUUGUCGAGUGUGCGCUGGUGUAUUUACUGCAGGUCAUA